AUGGGUUGUGUGUUGACUCUUGUAGGGUUCUGUUUAUGGGUGUGCUUGAUGAGUCAGAGCUCAAUCCCAGUGGCUUCGCAGAGGAGUGGAGGAUCUGGAAAUGUUGAAGAAGGCAGAGUUUUUAUUAAUGGAAGAGUUGCAAUUGGAAGCACAGAUGAUGAUUUUGUAUGCGCCACUUUGGAUUGGUGGCCUCCUGAUAAAUGUGACUAUGGAACUUGCAGUUGGGGUAGAGCUUCUCUUCUCAAUCUGGACCUUACCAACAAAAUUUUGUUCAAUGCCAUCAAAGCCUUUUCUUCCUUAAAAAUUAGGAUGGGUGGCACCUUACAGGAUAAAGUAAUAUACCAAAGAACCGGUGACCAACAACCCUGUGCUCAGUUUGUUAAAAAUAGCUCAGAAAUGUUUGGUUUCUCAGAAGGUUGCUUACCUAUGUCGCGAUGGGAUGAGUUAAACCAGUUCUUCAGAGACGCUGGGGCUGUCGUGAUUUUUGGAUUGAAUGCACUAAGUGGGAGGAGUAUAGGCAUGGAUGGUUUGGCUACAGGAGCUUGGAAUGGCAGUGAUGCAGAAUCCCUUAUUCAGUAUACUGUCAACAAGGGCUACACCAUUCAUGGUUGGGAACUAGGAAAUGAGCUGACUGGAAAUGGAGUUGGAGCAGGAGUUCCAGCAGAUCAAUAUGCAUCUGACAUAAACACUCUCCAAAGCAUGGUGCAAAAGAUUUAUGCAAGUUAUGAAGCUAAGCCACUGGUCAUUGGGCCAGGAGGGUUCUUUGAUGCAAGUUGGUACACAGAAUUCAUAGAUAAAACACUCAAAUCUCUUCAAGUAGUUACCCAUCACAUAUAUAAUCUCGGUCCAGGGGUUGAUGAUCACCUUAUUGAUAAAAUUCUUGAUCCAUCCUAUCUUGAUGGUGGUUCCAAACCAUUCCAAGACCUCCAAAGCAUUCUACAGAAUUCUGCAACUUCAGCAACUGCUUGGGUUGGUGAAGCUGGAGGGGCUUACAACAGUGGCCAUAAUCUUGUCACUAAUGCAUUUGCUUUCAGUUUCUGGUACCUGGAUCAGCUUGGAAUGGCAUCAUCUUAUGGUAACAAGACAUAUUGUAGGCAAACCUUGAUUGGAGGAAACUAUGGCCUACUCAACACUACAACCUUUGUCCCAAAUCCUGAUUAUUACAGUGCUCUUCUUUGGCACCGUUUAAUGGGAAGAAAUGUUCUAUCAACCAGCUUCAAUGGUACAAAGAAAAUACGCGCUUACUCUCACUGUUCCAAACAAUCCCCAGGAAUCACAUUGCUAUUGAUCAACCUAGACGGUAACACUACACUUCGAGUCCAAGUUUCAACUGAAAAUGAUGGUAACAACAGGACUUCGACUUUACAAAGUAAAAACCAAACUCAAAGAUCAAAUUUUGCAAGCACAAGAGAAGAAUAUCAUUUGACAGCCAAAGAUGGGAAUUUACACAGCCAAACACUGCUUCUAAACGGGAAAGUUCUUACUGUAAAUUCAUCGGGCAGUAUCCCUCCCUUGGAACCUAUAAGUGUGAGCUCGUUGGAUCCUAUAACUGUUGCUCCUUUCUCUGUUGUGUUUGCUCGCUUCCCUGAUGUCAAUUACCCUGCCUGUAGUAGGAGUACCCAAAUGGAAAUGGAUAAAUUUGGUUUGUUGAUUGAGCUACUACUAUUUGGAGUACUACAGCCAAUUAUUUGCAUAUUUUUCUGA